AUGGCGUCGGACAAUGACCUCCUCAGUCUUCUUACGGCCCAUGGGCAACAAUUCCUGAAUUCCUUCGACUUGCCUGCGAAGACCGCUUCAAAAAGGCAGCAGCCCGUUGCAGCUCCGAAUUCUGACGAGGAAUACGAGGAAUGGGGCGGUAUUCAUGAUUCCGACGAAGAUAAUUUCGGCGAUGAAUUGUCUGAGAAUAAUGAUGAUGGCUUCACUGUUGACAGUAGAGCCACCGUACAGCCCAAUGUCACUGUCUUUUCAGAGACCUGCUCCACCAAUAUACCGAAUAAAGCAGCGAUGAAGAGCUUCAUGUCCUCAAAAGUGACCCGAUUACGGGAAGAUACACAAGUAGAUCAAAAGGAGGUUCCUACAGAGGAGCAAGAAGAUGAAUUCAACAAUGCAAAGAACGAUGCUUUACUCCACCGUUUAGUUCAUACAAAACUGCUGUCUGGCUCGCUAAAUCCAGAGCUGAACCUAACCCCUGCUGAACGACGGAAGGCGCUCGCAGGACGCGUCCUGGAGUUGGCAGGGGAGUCAAAGCUUGGAAAAGGUGAAAUGAGUGUUCGGGUGGCAGAGAGGAAUAAGGCGGCCAAGCACGUACGCGAGGGUUUGGUAAGAAAGCAGCACGAGCGGGAGACGGCUCAGCUUGAAGAGGCCAAACAGCUGGGGAAUUACCAUCCUACCCUUAAAAAGCUAUACAAGGGCCCCGCUUCGUCUACGCAAUACCCGCGGAAGCGAGAUCGAGGCCUUGCAAUGGGGAUCGGCAAGUUCAGUGGUGGAGUGCUCAAAUUGACCAAAGACGACGUCAGGUCAUUACAGCCUACAAGGGGUGGAUCGAGAGGUGGCCGAGGGCGUGGGCGUGGCCGAGGGCGCGGUCGAGGAGGCAAACAAAAGUAG